AUGUCGAGCGGAUCACCGUCCACGACGACUGAAACAAAUAAUGUAUUACGACCUUCACAACAAGCAUCCAUUGCUGAACCAUUAGUUGAAAUCAAGCAUAACUGGUUAAUUAAAAAUGUACAACACAGUCGAGAUGCCGAUCAAUAUACAACGGAAUUAUUUCCGUGUACAAAUUGCUCAACAAGUUGGAUCAUGCGAUUGUAUCCAUCGUAUUGUGAACGUAAUAGUAUUUUCGUGAAAUUCUAUGUAUUUAUGAUAACGCCGAAAUUACGAACGGUAAAAGCAGAAGUUGUUGUCACGUGUGAAUACAAUGGCGAAGAGAUUUAUAAAUACACCUGGUCAAAUGCGAGUUUCUACUGUGAUCCGAGUGAAUCAUUCGAUAUAAAACGAAAUUAUGUUAUAUCAAAUUUCUUGAAAUCCUACAUUUCAUCAUCACGUGAUCGGUUACUAUCAUGUCCGUCAUUGACCAUAACUUUGCAAAUACGUCCUAUGUGCGAUGCAUCGGGAUGUGAUGAUUUACGUUUAAUCAAAGUUCGUAAUGGAAACACAGCAAUCGAUGAACCAUCUUUUACAUACCAAUGGGUUAUUGAUGAUUUCAAUACAAAAACUAAAUUAUGUUAUGAGGACGAAUGUUUGGAAAGUUCGAUCUUUACAUUCGAUCAUAAAUUAGACCGUCAUUACGUUCAUUUGAGCAAUUGUUUUCAAUUAUCGUUAACUCUUGAACGUGAACAGAACAUGAUUUUAAUGUUAUAUCAUCUAAGUUUACGAAUGAAAAAACAUAUUCCCUACAAAUUUCGUAUUGAAUUCUUCGUUCGUGCCAAUUUCUCCACGCGUCUAUUAAAGAUGAGUGAUAUCCUCGAUCCCGUGGAUGAAUACACGUUCGACCCAUUUACAAGUAAAGAAUUAAGUGAUUGCACUCAACAAUAUAAUUCUAGUCCAUGUCUGGUUUUCUUCGUACGUAUUGUGCUCUACGGGCAACAAGAUAAUUCGAAAUUAUGUUUGAAUCUCUUGGAUGAGAACGUCUUCUCUAAGAAUACCAAACAGAAUUCUUCAAUAACCAAAGAAUUGUUUCACACUGGCAAGUUCUCCGAUGUGAAAAUCAAAGUUGGUGCGAAGGAAUUUCCUGUACAUCGCUGCAUACUUUCAUUAGCGAGCGAAGUAUUCGAACGGAUGUUUUUAUCCGAUAUGUUGGAAACACGUUUGAACAUCAUCGAAAUCAAUGAUAUAUCUGAAGAUAUCUGCGAAGAAAUGCUUCGGUUUAUUUAUUAUAAUGAAAUUAAACAUUUAGAUAUCAAUGCGUUGGAUCUUCUAUAUGCAGCGGACAAAUAUGCGAUUGAAAAUUUGAAAAAUUUAUGUAUACAAUCGUUGAUUGAUACGUUUACAUUCGAAACAGCUGCGGAAAUGUUGGUUCGAGCGAAUAUUUACAAUUCAAAACUGUUAAAAGAUAAUCUAUUACUAUUUAUCAAAACAUAUAGUAAAGAAGUAUUUGUAACGGAACAAUGGAAACAAUUAGAACGGACGCAACCGUAUCUUCUUGUUGAUGUAUUACGAUUCUUAGCAAAUGGUUCAUAUGCAUGA